GUCCCUUCUUGUGGUCCAUUUCUGGGCACCAUGGGCUCCGCAGUGCGCUCAGAUGAACGAUGUGAUGGCAGAGCUCGCCAGAGAGCACCCACAAGUCUCGUUUGUGAAGCCUCCAGGCAUCUUUUGAAAUGUGCAACAAAAUAAAAACCUCUGAACCUGUUUUGACACCGCAGACUCAGUGGAUGACAUGCCAGCCCAUUGGAAGCAGAAGCUGUUCCUGAAGUAUCUGAAAAAUAUGAAAUUAGUUCUGUUCCCACCUUUCUGUUUUUCAAGAAUUCUCAGAAAAUCGACCGAUUAGAUGGUGCCCAUGCCCCAGAGUUGACCAAAAAAGUUCAGCGACAUGCGUCUAGCGGCUCCUUCUCACCAAGUGGUGGUGAGCACCCGAAGGAAGACCUCAGCCUGCGCCUGAAGAAGUUAACUCACGCUGCCCCCUGCAUGCUGUUCAUGAAGGGAACUCCUCAGGAGCCGCGCUGCGGUUUCAGCAAGCAGAUGGUGGAAAUUCUUAACAAACAUAAUAUUCAGUUUAGCAGUUUUGAUAUCUUCUCAGAUGAAGAAGUUCGUCAGGGCCUCAAAACCUAUUCCAAUUGGCCCACCUAUCCCCAGCUCUAUGUUUCUGGAGAGCUCAUAGGAGGACUUGAUAUAAUUAAGGAGCUAGAAGCAUCUAAAGAACUAGAUACGAUUUGCCCCAAAGCCCCCAAGUUAGAGGACAGGCUCAAAGUACUGACAAAUAAAGCUUCUGUGAUGCUCUUUAUGAAAGGAAACAAACAGGAAGCUAAGUGUGGCUUCAGCAGACAGAUUUUGGAAAUACUAAAUAGUACUGGGAUUGAAUAUGAGACAUUUGAUAUAUUGGAGGAUGAAGAAGUUCGGCAAGGAUUAAAAGCUUACUCCAAUUGGCCAACGUACCCUCAGCUGUAUGUGAAGGGGGAGCUUGUCGGAGGACUGGACAUUGUUAAGGAACUGAAAGAAAAUGGGGAGUUGCUGCCUAUACUGAAAGGAGAAAAUUAAUGAACGUUAGACUUGGUGCCCACCCACUGCAGGAAGGCUUCCUCCAGCGGAGCAGUUCAGGAUUUAGUCCUCAGAAACGGACUAGAAGGAGAAAAUGCUCAUCCCCAGUUACGCUUUGUGUAUUUCACAAGGCUGUGCUAAAUAACGUAUGUGACCUUUUUUUCCACCAAAAAUAGAACGCAAUAAACAUCUUCAAGUUCAAUUAAAAA